CUCAGUUUUUUGGGCAUCAAAAAAUAAUAAUAAUAAUGGUGGAUCUCCUCUCUCCUCCUCUCUCCAUUGAAUCUCCCAACCUCCUAAGUAGUAGUAGUAUACUCCUUCACUGUAGUAAUUAUCAUGAACUCUACCAUUUUCCUACCAUGAUUCUAUUAUAUCUUCCACAGUUUCUCUGAAAUCUGAUCUUUCCUCCAUGAAUAUACCUCAAUACCCCAAAUGGGUUCUUCUCCUUUUCCUCUUUUCUCUUCUUCAAUUACCCUGUUUCUCUUUAUCAUACCAUUCUCCACUUAACUGUUCCGAUACAGUUCGAGUCUGCACGUCUUUCAUCUCCUUCAAGCCCAAUCCAAACGAAACCUUUCAAGUGAUCCAGAGCAUGUUCGAUGUACUUCCCCAAGACAUUACCUUGGAAGGAGACGAUCGUGGCUACGUUUUCAUCCGCAAGAACUGUUCUUGUUCUCCUUAUGUGAAGAAGUAUUUGACUAAUACUACGUUUACAGUUAGGCAAAACGGUGGAUCCGUGCAUAAUAUGGUGAUUGAUGGGUACCAAGGGUUAGCCCUCCUUCCUAAUUACACUAGGGCGGCUAGAGCUGGAGCGGUUGUAUCGAUUCAAUUGUUUUGUGGAUGUUCGAGUGGGCUUUGGAAUUACUUGAUGAGUUAUGUGAUGAAAGAGGGUGAUAGUAUUGAAUCUUUGGCUAGUAGAUUUGGUGUUAGUAUGGAUAGUAUUGAGGCUUUGAAUGGGUUAACUAAUCCUGAUAAUGUCACUGUUGGUGAUCUUUAUUAUGUUCCUUUAAAUUCAGUUCCUGGUGAGCCAUAUCCUACAGAGAGCCUUAUUCCUCCCACUUCUGCUCCUGCACCAGCACACUCUGCUGAUCAAAUCGCAGCUGAGGGAAAACAGGCAGAGAAGAAGAGCAAGUCUCAUAAAGAAUAUGGGUGGAUUCUGGGAUGUUUGGGACUUGGUUUGGCUGUGAUUCUUGUGCUUGUUAUUGUAAUAUUCAUUUGUUUGAGGUCAUCAAGUUGCGAUAAAGGAGGAAGCAAUCCAAACGGUGAGAAUAAUGGUGUUUCUCAUAAGUUCCAAAUCCUCAGGAACACAAGUUUCUGCUGUGCUUCCGGGAGGUAUAAUAUCUGUCGCAAAUCUGGUGAAAUUAAUAAGCAAGCAAAUGGUGAAUCUAGCGACCGCCAGAUAAAUGUUCCCAAAGCUCUGGGGAACGAUGUUUUUGAUAUGGAAAAGCCAUUGGUUUUUGGUUAUGAGGAAAUUACGACGACUACUGAUGGCUUCUCUGAUUCACACCUUCUCGGACAUGGUACAUAUGGCUCAGUAUAUCAUGGCGUCCUUCGCGGGCAGGAUGUUGCGAUAAAAAGAAUGACAGAGACGAAAAGUAAAGAAUUUUUGGCUGAACUGAAAGUUCUUGGCAAGGUUCAUCAUGCAAAUUUGGUAGAAUUGAUUGGGUAUGCAGCAACUGAUGAUGAACUCUUCCUCAUUUAUGAAUAUGCACAAAAAGGUUCACUAGGAAACCAUUUACACGAUCCUCAGAGCAAAGGGCAUACAUCACUUUCAUGGAUUAUGAGGCUUCAAAUUGCACUUGAUGCUGCUAGAGGUCUUGAGUACAUUCACGAGCACACGAGGCCUCACUAUGUACACCGGGAUAUCAAAACAAGUAACAUCUUACUCGACGACUCCUUUAGAGGAAAAGUUUCAGAUUUUGGGCUCGCAAAACUUGCUGAAAUCACAAAUGAUGCCGAAGCUUCAGUCACACGAGUUGUUGGAACAUUCGGUUACGUAGCACCAGAGUAUUUGAGAGAUUGUGUGGCAACUAAGAAGAGCGAUGUUUAUGCAUUUGGAGUCGUUCUUCUUGAGAUGAUAUCGGGAAAGGAGGCUGUCACGAGAUCACAAGGCAAUGCGUCUAAUAAUCAUAACCCCCCUGAGCAAAGGCGUUCGUUGGUUUCCAUUAUGGUAUCAGCUCUUAAGAACACAGCUGAUCACUCCAAGAGCAGCAUGUCAAGCUUCAAAGAUUACAUUGACCCUAAUAUGAUGGACUUGUAUCCACAUGAUUGUGUUUUCAAGGCGGCCAAUUUGGCAAAACAAUGUGUGGAUGAUGAUCCGAUUAUGCGGCCAGACAUGAAGCAAAUCGUGAUGACCUUAUCGCAGAUCCUUUUGUCAUCCAUCGAAUGGGAAGCCACUCUAGCAGGAAACAGCCAAGUUUUCAGUGGACUCGUUCAAGGAAGAUGAUCAUCAUGAUCAUCAUCCCAUAUGUAUAAUAUUAGUCCACUCCCACUUUCAACUUUUUUGUAGUAGAAUAAUAAUAAUAAUAUUCUUUGUGAACUUGAGUUAAAAAG